UAGAUGAUGCCCUUUGACACAGGAAUACAAACUUUUGCCUCACUAUUGGCCUUGUCGUUCAUGAAAAACGAAAAUCCAAGGUAAUGGUAGUUGAAGAUGCCGGCCCCCUGGAGAAUAUGCUGCAAUAAAAAAUCCAAAACUAAGAAAGGAAAAGUUGAAAUGGACCUUACGGCAGACACAAGUGGAAAAAUGCAGAUGAAAAAAGAAAUCACGUUACUAAAUGGAGUUUCUUUGAUUGUGGGGAACAUGAUUGGCUCUGGGAUAUUUGUAUCACCCAGAGGUGUUUUAAUGUACAGUGCUUCCUACGGACUCUCUCUAGUCAUUUGGGCACUUGGCGGGAUGUUUUCACUGUUUGGAGCUUUGUGUUAUGCUGAGUUGGGAACAUCCAUCGUUAAAUCUGGAGGCAGUUAUGCCUAUAUCUUGGAAGCAUUUGGUGCCUUUGUGGCCUUCAUCAGACUGUGGUCUUCCUUGCUGAUUAUUGAACCAACAACCCAGGCAGUGAUAGCAAUCACGUUUGCCAACUAUAUUGUUCAACCAAUUUUUCCUCAUUGUGAGCCGCCGUAUGAUGCAGUCAGGUUGAUUGCAGCUGCUUGUAUUUGUUCCUUAACAUUUAUCAAUUGUGUUAAUGUCAAGUGGGGAACCCGUGUACAAGAUAUUUUCACAUAUGCAAAAGUUAUGGCUCUUAUCUUGGUGAUAGCUGUUGGCCUUUACAAAAUUGGUAAAGGAGAAACAGAAAACCUGAGAGCUCCAUUCGAGGGCUCAGCAACAAAUCCAGGGAUGAUCGCUCUGGCUCUCUACUCUGCCCUCUUCUCCUAUUCGGGUUGGGACACUCUCAACUAUAUCACCGAGGAAAUGCAGAACCCUGAGAGGAAUCUACCUCUUUCUAUUGCAAUUUCAAUGCCUAUUGUGACUGUUAUUUACUUGCUGACUAAUAUAGCGUACUACGUAGUGUUGGACAUGUCAGCUCUCCUCACAAGUGAUGCAGUGGCUGUGACGUUUGGCAGUGAAACGCUUAGUUAUGCGAAGUGGAUCAUUCCUAUAGCAGUGGCCAUGUCUUGCUACAGUGGCUUAAACUCAUCAAUAAUUGCAGCAUCUAGGCUUUUUUAUGUUGGAGCCAGGGAAGGACACCUUCCAGACAGUCUGAGCUUGAUUCACGUGAAGUGCUUCACACCAGUCCCCGCUCUCCUCUUCAAUGGCUUAAUGACUUUGCUUUAUCUCCUUGUGGAAGACGUUUUCCUCCUCAUUAACUACUACUGCUUCAACUACUGGCUCUUUGUGGGUCUGUCUAUUGCAGGACUGAUAUAUUUGAGAUAUACUCAGCCACAUAGACCAAGGCCUGUUAAACUUAGCCUCUUCUUCCCUAUAGUAUACUGUUUAUGUUCCCUUUUCCUGGUCAUAGUUCCUCUCUACAGUGACACAAUCAAUUCCCUUAUCGGUGUUGGUAUUGCCCUCUCAGGCAUUCCUGCAUAUUAUCUGGGAGUCUGUCUGCCAUUUGAAAAACGACCUAAAUGUCUACAGUGGCUUUCUGCUACAACAACAAAAUAUGUUCAGAUGCUCUUCUAUUGUGCUCUGUCAGACCUGGACAUCAACAUGGAACCUACAACAGCUAAGAGCAAAUAGAGUUGCCUUGACAUUGAGAGUUGUACCUUGACAUUUUCUAUCUGUAGCAAUUUUUAUCAAUUGAAGUUCUCCCCAUGUGUUCAGUUAUACUAAAGCACUAACUAUGUACUAUGCAUCAGUUUGGUGUCUGUUAAUUUGUGCUUGUUUUAUAAAACAUUCUGUUUUACAGACUUUUAUUUUAAACUCUGUUAAUAGUGAGUUAUCAUGUAAUACUUAGAAACUUUGAAGCAUUGUAUGAACAAACCUAGUAGAUAUGUGCUAAAUAUUAGAUUAAUUGAAAAAUUGUAAUAAAAAAGUAUUAGGUCUCAUCCCAAUCCUAAGAUAACAAAAGACAGACCAGAUAUUUGCAAGAUUGAAAGCCUGAGUUGGGACGUAGAAGCCAUGGUGUACUUCUAAAAUAUAUAACUAAAUUCUUAGCCAAAGUGAAAAAUAAGUAAUUCAAACUGAUAGACAUGUUUUGAAUCAAUGUAGUAUUUGUGGUAAACUAUUCCAAUGCAUAUUUCCCAGCAUACAUAUUGUACCAAAAAGAGAAAGCCAAAGUUUCCAGUCCCUUAAAUUCUGUCAGAAAUUCUCAUUUGACGAUAGCCCACAUUCAUUACAUUUUGCAGAAAAGCUAUUUUGAAUGAACAAAUUAUAUCAUUGUAACUGAAGUACUUUUGCUUUCCAGCAGAACAACCUGCAAGGGAGCACUGUUAGGGACUAAGUUAUGUUCUAGAUAGAUGGUAUUCAGGGAAACCAUUUCACCUUUUCAUAUUGUUCAUUGCUUGCCUAGAAGUAUCAAAGGUGGGACCACAUGAAUCAUACUAAUUUUUUCCACAGUGGAACUUAUUUAAGAAAUUCACAAGGAAAAAUCAAAAACUAUUGGUGUUUACAAGCUCAUUUGAGUCCCUACCCAACCCUCUAUGCUUCACCUGGCAUAGUACCUGCUGGCAAGUUAACCUGCAGGUCUCCUGCUGAGCGUGCAGGGAGCCUCCAGCACGGGCUGUCAGGACUUCACAUCAGGUAGGUGGUGCCUGUUGAACGAUACCCAGCACUGCCCGGCACGUGUGCUGGACAAGUCACUCACUAGUGAGUGCCAUGAAAGCAAAGGACAGUUAAGAAAUAGGAUCAUCUCUUGAACAUAGAGUUUUUCAGCGUGGCUCCUGAAAUGGAACUGAUAAUAACUGUCCUUUUUAAAAAAGCCAUCAGCCUUGCAACCUAGACCAUAAAAACAGCUUCUCCAACUCUAACAUGCUUUGUUUAUAUGUAGUACUGUUUGUUAUCCUUCUUGCUAAGUCAUACUUCCUUUCUGUAAUUGUUUGAAUAUAACAUACAUUGUUUCUAAUUUGAGUUUCAUCAUUCCUGUUCAAUUCAUGCUAAUUAAGGUAAUUUGAUCUUAUAUAAGUCCCUGUAGUUUCUAGCAUUAUUGUCUUUUAUUGAUGCCCAGAGAAAGAGCAGUGGAACAAGGAAGAAGGCAAUUGUUGCUGCUUAAACCUCUCUUCAUUCCCUCCCACAUUGUUAAGGUCAUUUAGAGGACUGUAAUUUCAUGUAUCUCCAAUACUGUGUUUGCUGACAGAGCUUCUGUGAAACCUUUUGUUUACAUGUCAAUGCCAUCUGCUCUGGCAAUUUCCUUACAGCAGGGUUUUCUUUUGAUACAAAGGAGGAAAAAAAACAUGCACUACAUUAAGGUUAGCAUGUUUUGCUUUUUUGGAAGCCACAGCUUUUGUGCACUAAAAUCAUUUAAGUAUCACAAUCAUAAAACACAGAGGAAAGAAGACCUAGGGUGUAGCUUAGUUUACCCAGCUCAGAACAUCCCCACAUACUCUUCACACAUACAACACAUGCUUCUGUUACAGUAUAGUAACAUUUUGAUCCUGCUCAACAAUUUUAUGGAAAUAUGGUGGGUUUGCCCAAUCUCUUACAAAGCACUGGUUAACAACAGAGCCGCGAUCCCAGACUGUGUCAGGGCACAAUGCAAUUACAAGCCCUACAUGUUGGUACCAAAGUAAACAUGGCAGUCAUUGUCUCCAAGAGUUCAAAGUCAUGCUUGGUGCUGAGCGAUGUGUCACACCAGGACAUCACUGUACCAUCCUCUGAAGUUUUUCUUUGCAGGACCAAAGUUCCUAAGUGAUUUGAGACACCUGAGGUGACAUCUCAGGUGGUAACAAGUGACAGGCAGUACAGGUAGAGUAAUAGGGACUACACACUUAGAACAAUUUCCAUAAAUAAUUCUGAGCUGAGAAACUUUUUUCUUUGCCUGUUUUUUUUUGCCAAAAAUCUGCUUUUACAGGAAUCUAUUGACUUUCUGGGCAUGACACACAAGCCUUCAUUUUUUUUCUUUCUGGACAGAAGGAAAGUAAUAGUCAGAUGGAAGGUUAUAAAUAUGAAUAACAUUACCAGACAUGGGAAUAUAGCAUACUGUUAUGGACAGCAGAAUCUCAGAAAUGUUGAUGUGUUUGUUGAUUUUUCACUCCUUACAAAUAAUACAUGUAAGUUAUUGUCAGAUAUCUAAAGCAAGUCUUGAUACUGAUGUUUUUAAAUUAAUAAACGUAUUAUCCUUGGCAAA